ACCAAAAAUUUUCCUUUUCACCACUGAAAACGACCUCUACCAUCCGCCACUCCCCGCCCGCCAUCGCCCGCAGCGCGGCCACCGCUGCCGCCCGCCGUGGCCGCCACGCUCCACUUCGCCCUCUUCUUCCCUCCCCUUCACCCACCCAACCCCACCACCGCCACCACCACCCUCCGUCUCCAGUCCACUGCCGGUGCCGGACCGAACCACGCCGCAGCAGCGGAGGUAGGUAGCAGCAAGCGAUCAGAGAUCGAUGGCCGUCCCCUCCGCCGCCGACCGCAAGCGCCGCCCCAUCCUCCUCUCGCUCUCCCUCUUCCUCCUCCUCUCCGCCCUCCUCGUCCUCCUCUUCCUCUUCCUCGGCCCCUCCACCCAGUCCCUCGCCUUCCUCCCCUCCCGCCUCGCAUCCAGGCCCUCCACGCCAUCCCUCCCUACUCCUCACCACCACCAGCACAGCCCGACCCCAAUUCCCACCCCCGCAAGCUCGGCCGACUCACACCUAAACGCCCCAGCCUCCUCCGUCGAGAAGGCCGACGCAUCGACGCCAGACGCCCCCUCCGCCGUCGCAGUCCCAGGGGGCAGCGGAACCAGCGACCCGUCACGGCCAGUACACGACACCACCGGCUCGCAACGCCCGGUCGACGACGACGACGACGACGGGGCGGUGGCGCAGGUGAGGUGGGAGACGUGCAAGGUGCGGAGGGGCGUGUCGUCGCCGGCCGACUACAUCCCCUGCCUCGACAACAUCAGGGCCAUCAAGGCGCUGCGCUCCAGGAAGCACAUGGAGCACCGGGAGCGCCACUGCCCCGCGCCCCCGCCCAGGUGCCUCGUGCGGACGCCGGCCGGCUACCGGCUGCCCGUGCCGUGGCCGCAAAGCCGUGACAUGAUUUGGUACAACAACGUUCCUCACCCAAAACUGGUGGAGUAUAAGAAGGACCAGAAAUGGGUUACAAAGUCUGGCGAUUACCUUGUUUUCCCUGGAGGUGGAACUCAGUUCAAAGAUGGUGUUGCAAGAUACAUUCAGUUUGUAGAGCAGAUAAUGCCUACCAUUCAAUGGGGAACACACACAAGAACUGUCCUGGAUGUUGGAUGUGGUGUUGCCAGCUUUGGUGGAUACCUGCUUGACAGGAAUGUCAUUACUAUGUCAUUAGCCCCAAAAGAUGAGCAUGAAGCUCAGAUACAAUUUGCAUUAGAGCGUGGAAUUCCGGCAUUUUUAGGAGUGAUCGGAACCCAAAAGCUUCCUUUCCCUGAUAAUGCAUUCGAUGUAGUCCACUGCGCAAGGUGCAGGGUCCGUUGGUAUGAGAAUGGUGGAAAACCAUUGUUGGAGCUUAACAGAGUGCUAAGGCCUGGAGGAUUUUUCAUUUGGUCUGCAACCCCUGUCUAUCGUGAAGAAAAAAGAGAUCAAGAUGACUGGAAUGCAAUGGUUACUCUGACCAAAUCAAUUUGCUGGAGAACAGUAGUAAAAUCUCAAGAUAUUAAUGGAAUUGGUGUUGUUAUAUACCAAAAACCAGCCUCAAAUUCUUGCUACCUUGAGAGGAAAACCAAUGAACCCCAUCUGUGCUCCGAGAAAGAUGGAUCACGUUUCCCUUGGUAUGCUUCUCUGGAUAGUUGCAUUUUGCCAACUGCUUCAGAUGAAACAAAGAACUCACCCCUUCUUUGGCCUGAAAGACUUGUCAGAUACACACGCAUACCUUAUGAUUCUGCUACUACUGAAAAGCUUGAUGCUGAUACAAUGUAUUGGAAACAAGUCAUUUCAGACGUACACUCUAAUGACUUUCCAGUUAAUUGGUCAAGUGUUCGGAAUGUAAUGGACAUGAAUGCUGGUUAUGGAGGAUUUGCAGCAGCACUUGUUGAUCAACCUUUAUGGGUUAUGAAUGUUGUACCUAUUGGGCAGUCAGAUACGUUGCCGGUUAUUUUUAGCAGAGGUUUGAUUGGGGUAUAUCAUGAUUGGUGUGAGUCUUUCAACACAUACCCAAGGACCUAUGAUGUUCUUCACAUGAGUGAUCUCCUUGGAAGUCUUACAAAGAGGUGUGACAUCCUUGACGUAGCAGCCGAAGUUGACAGAAUACUGAGGCCUGGCAGAUGGUUUGUGCUGCAAGACACCAUGGACAUGAUAAAAAGGAUGCGCCCAGUUCUUCGCUCUCUGCAUUAUGAAACUGUAGUUGUGAAGCGGCAAUAUCUUGUUGCUACAAAGAGUUUCUGGCGGCCUGGGGCUUCCAGAUGAGGAUGACAUGGACCAAACUUCUGAAGGUGUCAUCUACGCACAGAAGUUCUGUUGAUUCUUUACAUUUUAUUGGAUCGCUUCUUGUAUACAACAGAUAUGUAAUCUGGUUUGAUCCAGACAGCCCUGAAGUUUUGCCGGUAUAGAAACACACUUCUGCAGUCUGAUGUGCUGAUUCUUUUUUGUCAAAGCAAAAAACCAUAGGGAUGUUAAAGUCGUAGGCUUAGUGUUAGCAGAUGUUCCGACAGGAUAUGGGAUCAUGUUUUGUAUACUUUUCAUCGGCUAAUUCUGUACAUUGGACAAUAAAGAUUUGAUGCUUGUAGAAAUGUGAGACCCCUCA